UCUCAAGAAUAAGACUUACAAAGUAGUAAUUCUUUAUUUUCACGAGCUACUGCUGCACUAUAAAAUCCUGGCCGGGCCUCAAGUGCAUUUGUAACAAAGACAAUUUUUGUACCUGCCUGUACUCGAGCAAACCAAGAUUACUCGCAGAUAGCUACGCAAAUUGUUGGUUUUCGGUGGUAUUCUGAUUCUACUCAACAACAUAUACUAAGAUGUCUGAGGACAAAGGACUGACCACUCGUAUUGAUCGAAAGCUUUCUGGGCUAUCAAAUUCAUUUAGCAAGCAACGGAUUUUCAGAGUCGAUCAUAAACUUCGCAGCCAAAAUGAAGUGGCGUACGAACCACAGAUGUUCUCUAUCGGGCCUUAUCAUCACGGUAAGGAAAACUUGGUAAAAUCGCAGACGUAUAAGCUGUGGUACUUGAAAGAGCUUCUCCUUCGAAGAGGCGAGUCAAGUACUGAGAGAUACAUCAAUGCCUUAAAAGACCUUGAAGAUGAAGCUCGAAGUUGGUAUGCAGAAGAAGAUAUGAUUGGUCUUGGUACUGAUGAAUUUGUUGAAAUGAUGCUACUUGACGGGUUCUUUAUCAUUGAGAUUUUGAGGAAAUAUGCUGGUUGGUGCCUGUACAAAGAUUAUCCCCUUAAUUACGGCCCAAAACAAGGUGAUCCCAUCUUCCUGAAUCGUAGGAUAAUGGGAUGUCUGUUCAGGGACAUACUACUGUUUGAAAAUCAACUGCCUUUCUUCAUCCUGGUUCGUCUGUUUGAAAUGACCAAGUCACCUGGAGGAGCUGAGGAGGAGAACCUCGUUGAUCUUGCCAUUUUCCCUCAUUCACCUCUGCAUCUCUUUUUCCCAGGUGAGAAACCUGUAUCAUUACCGAAUCCUACCACAAACAUUGCUGGAAAUGUUGGAGAUGUCGUUCAUCUUCUUCACCUGUUGCACGAGUGCUGGUGUUGGUCAUUUGCUGGAAAACUAGCAGGUGGUAAUCGAAGCCCAGAAAACGGGGAUCCAGGUGACAUUUAUUCCACAAGCGGCUGGGAUUUGGAGAAAGGUGUAUCCGCAACCCAGCUACCCAAAAUUACUAGCAUCUUGCACUGUUUUCCAUUUGCUUCAAAACCAGCAGCUGAUCAUCAAAGCCAAGAGAAUGGGGAUUCGCAAGACAAUUGUUCCACAAGUGGCGAGGUGAACGAGCACAUAAAAUGCGCAAGCGAGCUACGACAAGCCGGGAUAAAGUUUGAGACGGCUAACAAAAGUGUAUCGUGGCUGGAUAUUGCUUUUGAAAAGGGGGUAAUGAAAAUCCCGACUCUGGACGUUCAUGAUGUUACAGAAUGCGUCUUCAGAAACUUAAUUGGGUUUGAACUUUACAUGAUUAAUGGACUGUAUGAUAGAAGAUAUGUAAUUGAUUAUGUCACGUUCAUGGAUAGUCUCAUUGCUUCCUCAAGGGAUGUUGAAAAGCUUCGACGCCAAAAAAUUAUAACCAAAUGGUUAGGUGAUGAUGAAGCGAUAUCUUCAGUGUUUAAUGGACUUGUGAAGGAGGUCGAGACUUAUACAGGCAACGAUGUCUUCUGUUACUCGAGAGUUUUCAAGCAAGUGAACGAGUAUUCUAGCCGGCGUUGGAACAUCUGGAGGGCUCAUCUGAUGAGGAAUUAUAUCGAAAACCACUGGUCCGUCAUGUCAAUUGUGUUGCUCAUUCUGACAUUUGUGCAGACCAUAUUUUCUAUCCUACAAUUCGAAAAUGAAUAG